CUGAAGACGAUAAGUAAACAAGCUGUACGAUCGCUUCAAUCCUACACAAUGGCACUGAGCCGCUUCGAGUAUGUAAAACAGUUCGAACAGGAGGAAAAGCUGCUACCCAACUGUUGGAUUGUAGUGCGGAUCGACGGGAAAGGGUUUCAUCGGUUCUGCAACGCGCAUUCAUUCACCAAACCCAACGACCUCGAUGCACUGCAGCUGAUGAAUUUUGCUGGUAUGACUGUGAUGCGGGAGUUCAACGAAAUUGCUAUCGGGUACGGCCAAAGCGACGAAUACUCGUUCGUGUUUCGCCGCGAGGCCAGUGUGUACCAGCGACGAAGAGACAAACUUGUGAGCUACGUGGCCAGUUUGUUUACCUCGGCGUACAUGUUUCACUGGAAGCGUAUAUUUGAGAGCCGCUCAAUAGCAAUGCGCUAUCCCCCUUCCUUCGAUGCCAGAGCCGUCCUCUAUCCGACGGACGAGAAUCUUCGAGAUUAUCUAAGCUGGCGCCAGGCGGAUGUUCACGUAAAUAAUCUCUACAACACAACGUUCUGGAAUCUCGUCGCUUCAGGGCUAAGUAAUACGGACGCGGAAAAACGUCUCCAGGGGACGCUGGCAAGCGAUAAAAAUGAAAUACUAUUUUCACAGUUUGGCAUUAACUACAACAACGAACCACUCAUCUACCGCAAGGGAACGAUUCUUUUGCCAAAAAGUGUAUACAUUGCGGAAAAGAAGCAUAGACUUAUCGUUCCGGUCUUUGAUGAUCUUAUUAGUGACACAUUCUGGGUUGCUCAUCCCGAAGUUUUGGAUAAGAAAGCCAAAACGGACAAAGCUUCUGAAUUGGGAGAAACCCAUACCCAACCAAUCAUUCUUUAUCAACUGGAGGUACAGCAACGUCGUAAGGCCGGAUUUAACAAAACCGAGUCAACCGGGAGUUUACUUGAAACUGAUAACAGCUAA